AAACAUUCAUCUUGAAAACCCAAUUGAGGUCGGUCUUGAGAGGAGGAAGGAUUUGCACCUUUAAGGGCUCUGUGCCAAAUCCUCCACAAAAGGCGGUCCACUGGAAUGCACUUCCACUGAUGCACAUAAUAUCUGUUGACAACCUACCUGACCUCCUGAGGAAGGAGGUACUUUUUUAUUACAUCCCAGAGAGCUACAACAAGCCGACAACAUGAAGCCAAAAUCUCUUCCAUCGAGGUUGUUUGACAGAAAUUCUGCAUCAGUUGAAACUCUGAAUGUGCAAGCAGCAAAAUAUCAACGGCAUGUGGAUCACCAAGAGAGUUUGGAUCACUCUGACCACAAUGACAGCCAGUCAGUGGCAGAAAACAGCAGACAAAAUGAGAGGAGCCACAGAGAAGUUCAUUUUGCAUUCCUGCCAGAGAGGUAUGAGCCGCUGGUGGAUGAGGAGGCAAAAGAAGAGAGGAAGAAAAGGAAGAAAGCAAAGUACAAAAAAGUCAAGAAGAAUGUUGGCAAGGCACUGCGCAGCACCUGGAAGUGUCUAAUGCUUGGUCUUUACAAUUUUGCCCUUGGCUACUCUACUCCAAUCACGGUGGCGGCUACGUUUGUCCCUGACUUUCACCCAGGAAGAAACACGACCUGAGCCCAGCCACCUGCAAACUGCACUGUAGCUACCAACCAGUUAACCCGUGGACACUGACCAAAGACUUUGAUAUGUUGAGUAUGUUUAAGUAUUUGAAAUUAGGUUUUUAUAUAAAAAUAAAAAGAUUGUAAUCAAAAUAUUAGAAGAAUGAUUUUUUACACCUUUGCCUAGCUCACUGUGAACUUGUUAUGCAUUUGCUUUUCUUACUGUAAAAUUGUGAUCUUAUCGAUUGUUGUAGCUAUAAUAAUAUAAGGUAUUGCUCACUUAUUUUUAACCAGAUUUGGAGGAAUAUACAAGUUAAGAUCAUAAAAUCAGAGACGGAAUCUGUAACGUUGCUCUUUGCAUAGAUCCAAUAUGUAUGUAGGCUAAGCACUCCUUAUUAAACCUAAAUUUCAUAUUGCUCAUGCAUGUAUUAACCCCUGAAAAACAUGUGCAUUUUUCAUUUGGAGAAUCUUUUUUUUUUUUUUAAUCAAGCAUCUAGCUGGUGUUUGCAUGUGUGCAGAGGGAUAAUGUGGGGAUGUGGCAUCUGCAGCAGGACAGGAAUGGCAGGAACAUUUGCUGUAGCUGCAGAUAAAGUGAAUCAGGUUAAAUAUACGUUACAGGCAGGAAACAGGGAAGUGAUCGUCAGUGAAGUACGAGUUAAUCAAGGCUGAAAGGGUGUGGAGAGAUACAGGGAGUACGAAAUCAGAACAACUGGACCGUUGAUCUCAAGAGCAUUCUGCAAUACUCAACCCGUCUAAGCAUCAGACUGAUGGCCAGCAGGCAACUGAUGGUGAUUUGGAGGCUUUGGAUACAUUUGUGUGGAAUACAAGUUUAAGAUGAUUCUCGGAUUGGGAUUUUAUGGUGUGACUUUUGAAGGUUGUUUCUAACAUUUCAGUGUUUCUGUUCGUGUAUGAGUUUGUUCAGUUUGAAGGUUUUUCUUGUCAUGAUAUUUGUAGGUUGAUGUAUGAUAAAAUGUAAAUAAACUGUCCAACAAAAUUAAAUAAUUUGUUAA